CAUUGCACCAUGAACUACUCCGCGUUUUUUUACAUUUUCAUGGUUUCACCCAUAAUCUUAGUAUUUCUUAUGGACUUUUGUGACUGCAAACCCUGGAGGCCAUCAAACGAAGCUGGCUACGAUGCCAGUCUGGAUCCCGUGGUCUGGUCGCGACCCUUUGCCCCGGAGCAGAUUAGAAAAACCCGCUAUAAUAUGAUUCCAGAACCGAGAAGCAAGCAUCGUCACCGUCAAUCCUCGAAACUAUGGUACCAAAAACCCAUAACCACAUAUCCCAAACAUUUUGUCAAUGCAAAAUACUACAAGAGAUUCCUGAGAAGACAGCAACGACUUGCGGCACGUGAGAGAUACACACACUGGAGCCAAUAGACCCCCAAU